GAUACACAUUUUACGCAGGCAGCAAGCAAAGAAAAUAUGCAUUAAAUUAUUAUCAAGCUAUUUUUCAUUUAAAUUAGUAAAAAGUUAGUCAAGCCAUAACAAACAAUGGCAUCUGCAACGGUAAGAAAUGUGCCGCUAUUGGACGAUGAUACGAUACCGUUUGGUGAGGAAGAUGAAAUGCGCGAUCCCAGCAGAGCGUCCCAGAAAUACACGCAUCCGUACGUCACCUUCUUCCAUCUGUUCUUCCGUGGCGCAUCGAUCGUCAUUUACAUGUUCUGCGGCUGGUUUAGUGACUCCUUCAUCACCAGCUUUGUAUUCGUUGUGCUCUUUCUAUCUGCUGACUUCUGGACUGUUAAGAAUAUCUCCGGGAGACUUCUAGUUGGGCUACGUUGGUGGAACUACGUUGAUGACGAUGGCAAAUCGCAUUGGGUGUUUGAGUCGAGAAACUCUCCUUCCUAUCAGAGCCGAAUCAACAAACAUGAGCAGCGCAUUUUCUGGUUGGGCUUAAUACUCUGUCCCUUCUUUUGGGGUCUAUUCUUUUUGAUGGCCCUAUUCGGACUGAAGUUUAAGUGGUUGCUACUAGUCAUGAUUGCCAUAGCACUGAAUGCUGCAAAUCUCUAUGGCUAUAUCAAGUGCAACUAUGGCGCAAGUAAGGAUUUAAAUAGCGCAGCAACGGACUUUAUGAAGACACAGCUGUUCAAAAACGCCUUCGACAUUAUGACGAAGCCAAAUACAGCAGCUCCGCCGACUAAUGUGCGCCCCACGGGCGUUGUGUGAGAUCUUGAAUGCAAGCCAGGCACCUUGCCAACAUUUGCUGCGGCGCAUUCCAAAGAGUAUUUAGUUUUAUGCUGACAUAUUCGGUCGUUGUCUCUGUGUAACAUAUGUAAAACUUAAUUUAGCAAUAACUUUUCUUACAAUUACGCUGCUUUUUAUUGAGUAAAGAACAUAUGUAUGUACUGAAAA